AUGAUACAACCGUUCCUUUGGGAAGUUUUGUUUGACUUUCUGGAGAAACAUAAAGCAUGACCCUCUGUGCCCGGAGUGAACUGGGCUCAGAGAAAUUGGCAUAAUUUGCAGAGCGUGGUUGACCAAAUGAGUGCCUUGCACAAAGAUGCGAGACUAAGAGCAAGAAAAGGCAAAGCGAUUAUUUGUGCCGUUCUUGGUGCUAGCUUAGCUGCCACGGUAGAGGCUAGAGAUUAUUGCCGUACUGCGGAGUCCCUAACUAUCGCAUCCGAAUCCCUUCAAAGCCUUACCCGGUCCCUUCAGCGGCAAGUGGCGGAAUUAAAAAAACAACUUAAAGCGGAAAAGGAUCAAGUGAAACAUUUGCAGGCUGCCCUUAAGGAGCAGCUCCGUGCGGAUGCUACCUGCGAGGGAAUUCCCCUGAGAUCUGAAAUUGGUCACCCCUUUAACGACCUGCAGGCAGCGAAAGAGGGAGUAUUAGAACUGCUUUCGUCGCGACCCUUGGUCAAGACCGAGUACAUUUAUGAUGAUGAGCAGGACCAGUCCCUCCAAGUUACAACCAAGGAAGUCCCCUAUACUGCUGUCGAGUUGGCUAAACUAAAAAAGAAAUUUGGCCGAACCCCUAAGGAAUCAGAAACGGAGUAUGUGUGGAGAGUGUCGCUGUCUGGGGGGGACCAGAUUCUGUUAAGUGAAAGAGAGGCGGAAGGGUAUUGGGGACCAGGAGUGUUUUUAACUACUGGGAACCACCAUGCCCCCUGGUCUCUAACCCAACGGGCAGCCUAUUGGGCAGGUGGUUUGAACCCCCUGGAGAGGGGGGACCUUCUUGCGAUUACGGGGACUGUGGAUCAAUUAGUAGAGAGUGUGCAGAAGGCAGCUUGUCUGCAGAUGAUGUAUGAUCGAAUGUUGGAGCCUAGACAGGAGUCCCCAAUGAUCAUGCCAGUAGAUCCCGAACGAAUGACCCCUAUAAGGGGACUCCCCAAUUCCUCGAAACCGAUUGGUAUACAAUUACAGGGGAAAACACAAGUGAUGCCCCAAGAUGACAGAGUUGCGGCUGCUUUAGAAGGACUUACUCCGCACUGCCGACCCUCGGACAGGAAAUUGUGGACCUGGGGGGAGGUGGCCCAAAAACUGAUCAAUUAUGGGCGCAGGUAUGGCCCCGUUAACCCUCCAACUGCCAAAACGGACCCCAGGGGCUUGAGGCGAGCGAAAGUAAAAAUAGUUCCACGCCCCGGGAAUGAUAGGAGAGUACCUCUUUCCAAACCACCAGGAGGGAGAGACAUCCCGAACAGACGUAAUAGACUGUGGGCGGAGGGACAACAGAAGGGGAUCCCGUGUGACUUAAUGGACGGACUGCCAACAGACAAAUUAAAAAAAUUGGUAACAGGAUGGCCCACUAAAUCAGCAAAUGGAGAAGUGGAUUUUGAGGAUACUACUCACAGUGCGCCCUCCUUGAUUGAUUUAUCAGAAGUAAAUGCCCCCCAAAACCCGGUGGGAAACUAG